AGUAACCAACAUUGUAGGGGACUUGAAGAAAACAAUGCUGAGAAUGGAGAAAAUAACGAUUUUCCAAUUGUUCCUUCUAAUCUGCUCUUUUUCCACAGCUCUGCUUCAAUCAGACUCAGAGAAUGAAAUAAUUUCACAUUUAAAGCAAACUGAAUCACAGACUGAAGGUACAGGAAGUCUCUCUGACCCCCAACAAAGAUGUACACAAGACAUCAAUGCUGUGCUGAGAGAGAUGAGCGCCUCUUUGGGUGGACUUAAAGUUGGCAUGGAGUACUUACAGAGAGAUAAUGAAGCUAAGACAAAAGAAAUAGAGUUAUUGAAAGAACAGUACCAAGCUGGGACAAAAGAAAUUGAGUUGUUGAAAGAACAGGACCAAGUACAAGCAGCAAAAAUAAGAAAGCUUGAGCAGCAGAAUCAAGCUCAGGCAGAAGAACUGAUCUCUGUUAAAGCCAGGGCAAACAACACUGAGGACCAAGUGGAGGUUCUGAGCAGGGAAGGGAAAGAGAAACGAGUGGCUUUCUCUGCUUCCCUGCUGGCCUCAGGUGGAGGACAUAUUGGACCAUUUAACACUCAGAGACCUCUAGUCUUCAGGAAUGUUGUUGCAAAUAUUGGCAAUGCCUACAAUCCAGAAACAGGUUUUUUCAUUGCACCUGUGAGAGGAGCCUAUCAUUUUGAGUUCUACUUACAUGGAGUUGGACAUGCGUCACAUGGUACAGGUGCUGUGUUGGUCAAGAAUGGAAAUCCUGUUUUCAUUGCAUGGGAACAUCAGCCUUCUUAUUCUGUUAACCCAUCAAAUGGUCUCACAUUACUGUUAGAAAUUGGAGAUGUUGUAUUAUUGAAUCAGUGGCAAAACUCAAGAAUUUAUGAUGAUCAGAAUCAUCAUACAACCUUUAGUGGUCAUUUGCUUUUUACCAUGUAAUUCUGAAACAUUUCUUGUUCUAUUAUGUUCUCAAAUGUCACAGAAGUUCUCCACAGGAGACUCUAAUUUCAGUAACUGCAUAUAAUACUGUAUCUUU